AGACCUUACAGUUCCACAGAAGGCGUCCAAGCAAACCCCGUUGUCUUGCUCUUUCUAGAAUCAUCUGCUCUUCCUUAAACCCUCGCAAGGGUUUUACACAGUCUCACUUCUACCACCACUUCCCCAUCGAAGUCUAUCCCUGUCCUCUUCACCUGCAACACUUUGUAUGCUUAGAUGGCGCCUGUGCUCAGUCGAAGCCUGGUCUCUGCUUCUCUGACCUCUCUUCCUUCUUCAUCCUCCUUUUCUGUGAAGAACACCAACAGGAUCUUCAAUCUGAGAAGUGCUUCUCUGCCACAAAAUGCUCUCAGACAUGGAUGCUCCGUUACUGGGCUGAAAUGGAAGCUCGAGAGGAGGCAGAAUCGCGUGGCUGUUCGAUGCGAAGCUGCAGUUGCAGAGAAAGAAGCCACAGAAGCCGCUGGUGAGAAGUUCGAGUACCAGGCCGAGGUUAAUAGGUUGUUGGAUUUGAUAGUCCAUAGUUUAUAUAGCCACAAGGAGGUGUUUCUUCGAGAGCUUGUGAGUAAUGCGAGUGAUGCACUAGAUAAGUUAAGGUUCUUAAGUGUGACUGAGCCCUCUGUACUUGGGGAUUCUGGGGAGCUAGAGAUUCGCAUCAAACCAGAUCCAGACAAUGGGACCAUCGCUAUAACAGAUACUGGUAUUGGAAUGACCAAAGAAGAGCUCAUUGACUGCCUUGGAACUAUAGCCCAGAGUGGUACCUCGAAAUUCUUGAAUGCUCUUAAGGAGAACAAGGAUCUUGGAGCAGACAAUGGUUUAAUUGGUCAAUUUGGUGUUGGAUUUUAUUCUGCAUUUUUGGUUGCUGAGAAGGUGGUCGUAUCAACAAAGAGCCCAAGGUCAGAUAAGCAAUAUGUUUGGGAAGCAGUGGCUGAUAGUAGCUCAUAUGUGAUUAGAGAAGAAACAGAUCCUGAAAAGCUCCUGCCUCGUGGUACACAAAUCACACUCUAUUUAAAGCAAGAUGAUAAGUAUGAAUUCUCAGAACCGACCAAGAUCCAGAGUUUGGUUAAGAACUACUCGCAAUUUGUUUCAUUCCCUAUCUAUACAUGGCUAGAAAAAUCAAGGACUGUUGAGGUGGAAGAGGAGGAACAAGAAAAGGAGGGAGAAGCACAACCAGAGGUCGAGAAGAAGAAGAAGAAGAAGACGAAAACUGAGAAAUACUGGGACUGGGAGUUAGCAAAUGAAACAAAACCUAUUUGGAUGCGAAAUCAAAAGGAAGUUGAAAAAAGUGAAUAUAAUGAAUUCUACAAGAAAACUUUCAAUGAGUUCUUGGAUCCUCUUGCAUACACCCACUUCACAACUGAGGGUGAGGUGGAGUUCAGGAGUGUCCUCUAUAUUCCUGGAAUGGGACCUCUUAACAAUGAAGAUGUAGUAAAUCCUAAAACAAAGAACAUACGUUUGUAUGUGAAGCGCGUAUUUAUUUCGGAUGAUUUUGAUGGUGAGCUGUUUCCACGAUACUUGAGCUUUGUGAAGGGCGUGGUGGAUUCAAAUGACCUUCCUCUUAAUGUUUCUCGGGAGAUCCUUCAAGAAAGCCGAAUUGUAAGAAUAAUGAGGAAGAGACUUGUUAGGAAAACAUUUGACAUGAUACAAGAGAUUGCUGAAAAGGAAAAUAAAGAGGACUACAAAAAAUUCUGGGAGAACUUUGGGAAGCUUCUGAAGUUGGGAUGCAUUGAGGACUCUGGAAAUCACAAGCGCAUAACUCCACUGUUGAGGUUUUUCUCUUCCAAAAGUGGGGAGGAAUUGACCAGCUUAGAUGAUUAUUUUGAAAACAUGCGCGAGAACCAGAAGGCAAUCUAUUUCUUGGCAGCUGACAGCUUGAAAAGUGCCAAGGAUGCUCCAUUUUUGGAGAAAUUAGUUCAGAAAGAUAUUGAGGUUUUGUAUUUAAUUGAGCCUAUUGAUGAAGUGGCCAUCCAGAACCUGCAGACAUACAAAGAAAAGAAAUUUGUUGACAUCAGCAAGGAGGAUUUGGAGAUUGGUGAUGAUGAUGAAGCCAAAGAGAGGGAAAUUAAACAAGAAUACCAUCUUCUAUGUGAUUGGAUAAAGCAACAACUUGGUGAAAAGGUGGCAAAAGUCCAAAUAUCAAAGCGUUUGAGUUCGUCUCCAUGUGUGCUUGUAGCUGGCAAGUUUGGAUGGUCUGCUAAUAUGGAAAGGAUAAUGAAAGCCCAGGCCCUUGGAGAAAGCUCUUCUUUGGAGUUCAUGAAGGGGAGGAGGAUAUUGGAGAUAAACAUAGAUCACCCUAUCAUUAAAGAUCUCAAUGCUGCAUGCAGGUAUGCACCUGAUAGCACUGAUGCCAAGAGAGCCAUCGACCUCUUAUAUGAUACAGCAUUGAUCUCCAGUGGAUUUUCGCCUGACAGCCCAGCUGAGUUGGGAAACAAGAUAUAUGAGAUGAUGUCAAUGGCCGUGGGAGGUCGAUGGGGCAGAUCAGAAGAAGAGACAGAUGCACGGGAAGAUACUUUGGGUGAAUCUGAACCAAGCUCUGGUGAAGCUGUUGUGGAGCCUCAGGUGGUUGAGCCAUCAGAAGUCAGGGCUGAGAAUGAUCCAUGGAGUGAAUGAAAAACUGACAAUUUUUGUGGGCAUCAUUUCAAUUCUAUCAGUUGCGAUGGAGUUGGGGAAUGGGGUCUCAUCACCGUGAGAGAGGGAGAGAAGAGGGUUGAGGCAUGAAAAUUCAAGGUUAACGGAUGUGCAAUGUGAAAUGUAUGUUUAAUCCCUUGCAGCUGUUUAUUUCUAGUGUUAUUACAGGUCAAUUCAUGUGAUUCAUGUGAUCCUUGUCAAGCAUCCCAUUGUAUUUAAUGGUUACAGGAUUACAAAAUUUUGAAGUCGCUGUUUUGCUUGAAAUGGUGUUUUUUUUUUGGAUUAUCUGUCUUGAGUAAGAAUAAAAAUUCCGUGAUUGUAUCAA